AUGGCUCGACAUCUGUGGAAUCGCCUCGACGGCGACAUCUGUCGAUCAGACGCGAAUCUCAUGACUCUGGUGAAGCGAAGCCUGGUUCUGCUGUGCGUGACGCUGAUGCUGGCAUCCCUGUUCGCGGAGCAGGCCGAUGCCAACCGGCGGAAGCUCAACGAACUCUUCAACGGCUCCAUCUUCGGGAAACGGACUUACUCAGGAUCCGAACGAACCAUUUCGGUCGGCGACGACCGCCGUCAACUGACCGUCGGUCGUCUUCGUCCGCAGAUGAAUACGGGCACUGGAAACAGACGAUGUGCGAGAUGGCGGCCGACGCAUGCAGCCAGUGGCUCCGCGGCGAGGCGGAGUCUCCCAACUGAUGGACCGGAGGACGCGGCAGGGUUGCGGGAUGUCGUUUUUCGUUUUUGCCCGUCGGUGGAGAGGGUCGUCCGAUGA